CAAAUGCCUCGCUGAUGAGCUGCAUUAUAAAGCGCUACUGCGAGAAGAGGUUUGUUCCCAAAUACCUGGCGACUAUUGGCAUCGACUAUGGUGUCACAAAAGUGCAGGUCAGAGACCGAGAGAUCAAAGUGAACAUCUUCGACAUGGCAGGGCACCCGUUCUUCUACGAGGUGAGGAACGAGUUCUACAAGGAUACGCAGGGGGUCAUCCUAGUCUACGAUGUCGGACAAAAGGAUUCUUUUGAUGCGCUGGAUGCGUGGCUGGCGGAGAUGAAGCAGGAGCUGGGCCCCCACGGGAAUAUGGAGAACAUUGUCUUCGUUGUCUGUGCGAACAAGAUUGACUGCACCAAGCACCGCAGCGUGGACGAAAGCGAGGGGCGGCUCUGGGCAGAGAGCCGGGGCUUUCUUUAUUUUGAGACUUCAGCACAAACAGGAGAAGGGAUCAACGAGAUGUUCCAGACCUUCUACUCCGCCAUCAUCGACCUGUGUGACAACGGCGGGAAGCGUCCCCCCUCCAGCAUGGGGGUCGGCUUCACCAAAGAGCAGGCGGAUGCCAUUCGCAGGAUCCGUAACAGCAAGGACAGCUGGGACAUGCUGGGGGUCAAACCUGGAGCCACAAGGGAGGAAGUGAACAAAGCCUACCGGAAGCUGGCAGUGCUGCUCCACCCUGAUAAGUGUGUGGCUCCCGGCAGUGAGGAUGCCUUCAAAGCGGUGGUGAACGCCCGGACCGCGCUUCUCAAAAACAUCAAGUAGGGAACGGAGCUACCCAAAGCUGGAAACCUUCCCCUCCUCCCCACUAGCUCCCAGGCAGUUGGACGUCCAUGAGUCGCCUCUCUCCUCCUCAGACCUCCCGCUGGCAUGGACACAGAUGUUUCCAGCACCAGCCCUGGGAGCAGGACUGCAUCCGACCCUAGCAUGGUUGGGGCGUGCCACAAAAAGGGCAGAGCGCUGAGGAGGCGAGAGGGACCUCCGGUUGUGGUUAGCGUAAGCAGCAUGGCAGCGCUGAAAGCAGCGGAGUUGCAGCCUUCUCAGCCGUGUUACACCUCCCGGGAUCUGCCAGCCCUGGAGGGAUUCGGUCACGUAGCCCUAAACUAUCGCUUCUCGCUGCUGAUCGCCAGAGCAAGAGCUGCCUGCAACAGCCUGGCGCAAGCGCUGCCCUUGCUCUGUGGCUGUAGCUCACCUGACUGCGGCAGCUCUGGGGCUGGCUCUCCAUCUGUGUUAAGGCCUGGCAAGGCAGCCAGCUCUCGCGGGGUUUGCUCUUCACACCACGCGCGCCCAGGGAGGCUCAGGGCUGUAUCACGGCCUCGGGGCUUCUCCGUUAGCCACCUCAGAUCAGGGGCUUUGUCGUCAGCCAGACCUGCCCGUUGUUUUUCCUUCUAGCGGAUGCAGUAAGGGCAGAGCCAGUUCGGUUGCAAAGCUGUGUGGGAUGGAAAUGAAUGAAGGGAUAGGGGCCAAACCUCAGCCCUAUGCCGAAGGCUAACUCGCAGGGUGGGACAAGGGGGCUCUGCCCAGGUGCUGAGCCCAGCGUCUGACCCAAAAGCUGUUGCCGUUGGCGCUGUGUGGUGGUGAAUACCCCGGAGGGGCUGUGUGUUGUUCGGUCCUUCCAGGUUAUCCUAGAGCCACCAUUGCAAGGCUGCCAGGGCUGAAAGCUGCACAGGCACCGCACGACGCUGGUAUGGUCCAGCUCCCUGAGUGAGGCUGGCUCCUUCCUCUCAUUGACACCCAACGAUACCGUUUUCGGCAGUGUGAGGAAAAGGGGGUUGCUUGAGGAAGCCUCCACAGGGGGGAGCAGGCUCGAAGGCAUGUCCCAUUCCUCCCUGGCCUGUCCUCUUCCUCCUUGGGCUAUCUUGGUGCUGAGAACAGUGCCUUUUGCCAGGCUUUGGCAAGAUUCGGGCUCUCCCCCAGGGCACUCACCUCCUAAUUACAGCGUGGAGGCUCCUGCCACUGCUUCCUUCCAUCUCCCUGAGCUAAACUCAGCACAGAGGGCCCCAAAGGGUGCGGUCCCGCAAGCCGAGCGCUCCCUCUCUCCGGACCCUCUGCUAGCUGUUUGCACUGUGCUGACGAGCUCCGGGUAGGUGCCGCCAGCCCCGGGGGGAGCUGUGCUGUAGGUGGCCCUGGCUGUUUGCAGGCAGGAUGAAGGUGCUGCCCAAGAGGAGGUAGUUCAGGUCCCAGCGUGGCUGCACACCCCUUCCGUCAGCUCUGCUCUUCCCCCUCUCAGCAGCCUCGUCUCCUGAGCUUCGCCCACACCGCAGAUCUGCAUGCGGUUGUACAUAGCAGCCAGCUUUGCAGCCCUGCUCGAAGGGAGCUAAAUCCAGCACUGAGUUAUAUCCCUGAGGGGAACGCUUUAGGAGUGGCCGGGUAAGACGGCGACCCGAAAAAUGCAGCACCCCGACCCGUGCGAGGCUGUGCGUCGAUCUGCCUGCUCGCUUGGCCUUUUGUCUCGGGUUUAGGCAAGCAGCGAAGGGGGCAUGUUUUCUCCCAACCCUGUUUUCUCUCAGCGGUGACGUAUCACCCUGCUUUGCUGGUAGGAUAACGGGUCUGUUUCUGCUCAUUAAUCAGCAGGUGGGUCUGGGUCGCUCCAUGCUAAUCACACAGUUACUGUUUUCUCUGGAUAUUCCUGUUGAUAGAGACAGAUCGUGGCUGGUCACCCCAAGAAGCGGUGUGUGUGGAGGCUUGAGAUCUGGCCAUUGCGACGCUGAGAGAGGUCAGAGCUGCCAGGCUUCUGGGAGAGCGCAAAUAGGAGAUCCCUUAAGGUCCCACAAUUUCAGCAGGCCCCCGUUUUAUUUCUUUGCUGCUGUGUGAGCUUGGCAGGGAAGGACAGGACACUUAAGUUAUGAAAUGAAAGCCACUGAGUGUGUGUGUGUGUGUGUGUGUUAGAGAGAGAGAGAGAGGACACUAAGUUGUUCAAAGCCACUAAGAGUGCGUGUGUGUGUCCGUCCUACCCCUGCCCCAAACGUAUCUCAUUCAGAAGUGUUUUCUCCUGCGGUCAGUGCAAUUGCCUUUCACUUCAAGGCAGCUUUUCUGUGUUUCCUUUUCAAAAUGUAUUAGAAAUCAAUAAUAGAUCCUCCCCUUUUGGCAGCAAGCACUAGGGGAACUGUGAAGCCAGCAUCAUUUCGAUCUCUCCCUGGUUUCUGGUGCCAAGUUGCUGGGAGGCAGAAAUAAGCUGCCCUGCUGGGAAACACUUUUUGCUUCUCCAGCGUAGAAAUGACCAAGGGGGGAGAUGUUGCUACGAAAGGUUAGUGUUUAAAAUAGCUUUAUUUAUCCUCUCCCAGAUGUAUUGAAAGCUGGGCUGGGGGAGAUCAGCAGGACGGGCAUUGGAGCUGCAGCAAGUUACACUAACAGAGGAUCUUGUUGUAGACGUUUCAUAGCACUCCAGAGUUCACUGGAAACCUCCCCACUUGUCUAGCGAAGGAAACCACUUGAUUCUGGCUUGAAACCCAUUUUUCUGCACUUUUUCCAUUGAGGAGGGUAAACAAUCCUGCUGCUGAAUGGUGCACUUUGCGUUGAGGGAGAGAUCUGGGUGCCUGGAGUAGCUGAAAUGCCUCCUCGGUUCCUGUCGGUCAGGGGCUCUCCAGGUCUGCUGUGUCGUGCCCAGACUCUCCUUGCAGAAAUGCUGUUUGCUCCUCAGGUGACUCUGUCUGCCAGGCUGGGGUUUUUCCUGUCUGUUUACAGAGCUGACCAGAUGUUUGGAGAUGAUUGCACACGCAUGUCACGUCUAGCGAUGCCAGUGACCUUCUAAGUUGUGUUAUUUUUAUAAAUUAAACCCCCUUUGGAACAAAGGAAGCCCUGUGAGCUGUCCUCCCGCCGUGACUGCCUGCUGUUAAUGUUUAAUUGCCCUUUGACUCAUUUCUCUCCUCCCCAGCCGGGUCUGGCUGAGGCUGGUGGUGAAGAACUGCCCUCGAGGGUGAUGGUGGUUGUGAAUCAGCUCUGCAGGAGUGGGAGCUGGGCUGAGGGAGCAGGGGGAGGAACCAGCCUGGGAGGCGAUGUGGGAUGCACCUUGCUGCGGCGGGGCCUGCAGCCCACCCCGGCUCCGUUCAGGGAACCCAUAAACGCGCAGAGGAAGAGGGGUAGCUGCAUCCUUGCUCUGCGCACGGGCACCUCCACACCGGGGCUCGCUCGUGCUGUGUGCUUCCUCCUGUCCCCCUCCAUCAGGACCCCGAAAUGUGGCUCCCUAACCUCUCUCUGACUGGACCUGCUGCCACCCGAGGCUGGCAUGAUCCAGCCCCCGCUUUCUUCCUGCCUCGUGCGAAGAGCGAGUCCUGCCACUGAAGUGUCCAUCCUGCAGUGAGGGCUCCAGGAUCCCGAUCUCAACCAGAGCGGGACUUUGCUCUGCCUCCCACAACACAGGAGCUACCUCGAAGAUCUCGGCAUCCAUGUGACAGAUGACCAGGGGCGCUGCCUGCCUGCGCUCUGCCCGUCUCCCAGCGCUCAGUGGAGCUGGCAGGUGGGGAGGACAGGAGGAUUUCCGAUCUGGCGAGCUGCCCGGGUGAUGCGUGCCCGUCCACACUCCUCUCCAACAGCCGCGCCACGGGGCCGGUGACGGCCCACAGCUGCUGCCAGGUCUGCUCCUUGCUGCCGCUCGAGGCUCAUACCCAGUAACACGCUUAGGGAGCGCCUGGGGAGCUAACCCACCUCCGAGAUGAGGCUGCACCUACCCUAGGUCACCAACCAGUGCCAGGUCCCCGUUUUGGCCUUCAGACCAGUUGGUCCAGAGUGGUUCACAGCUCUGCUAUCACCUUUUCCCAAGCAGGGCCUGUCCAAACUGCCCCAGGGAUGGCCCUGCCCCAGGCUAGCCCCUGCCCAGGGAGGGUUGGGGCCGGGCACGCUGGCCCAGCAUGGGUGGCCAAGGUGUCACAUCCUUGGCCCUGGCAGUGGUUAACUUAGCAGCGUGGAUGUAGCCAGGCAGGAUAGACACGCGUCAAUCAAGGUGGUUGGCCCGGGGCCCUGGCCGGCUCCGUGGCGCGGACCCGCGCCGCCCCGGCUCGCUUGCGUUC